GAACAAACAUAAUAUACACACGCACACACAACAACACAAACACCACCAUCUCUCUCUGUGGCGGCAUUCCGCGUCAACCGUGCUUUUGGAUUUUGUUGGGUUUGUCAGACAAAUUCCUUUUCAUUUUUCUUUUCGCCUUCUCUCCAUUUUCUUUUUCUUUUUUCUAUUUUAAUUUUUUUUUUCAGAGAAAAAUCACAAUCCAAAAACACAACAAAGAAAAGCAAAUCGAAGAAAUCGAUACCCACAUUUCUCAGUCAAACCCCUAAUUUGCUCUUGCCUUUUCGUACUUCCUGAAAAUCUGGGCUUCUUAACUUUUGGGGGAGAGAUCGAUUCAUUGUACUGUACAUCUACGAAAAUUGGCAGUGCAGUUCUUGUUUUAAGGUGUUAUCUUUAAGUUUUCUGGGGUAAAAGGUUUCAGUUAUGGCUGGUGAAGCUUUGAUCAGUGUUAAUGGCAAUGGCAACGACAGUGUCAGUGUCAACGGCAACGUGCAGCUUAAUCCACAGAGGACUUACCAAGUUGUUGUGGCUUCAACUAGAGAUAUGGGUAUCGGUAAGGAUGGGAAGCUGCCAUGGAGAUUGCCUUCUGAUCUCAAGUUCUUUAAGGACAUCACAACAGCCACCUCAGAUCCUGGGAAGAAAAAUGCUGUUUUAAUGGGUAGGAAAACAUGGGAGAGUAUUCCUCUUGAGCAUCGUCCACUACCCGGUCGCCUCAAUGUUGUUCUGACUCGCUCUGGUAGUUUUGAUAUCGCCACUGCUGAGAAUGUAGUUAGCUGUGGAAGCAUGACAUCUGCUUUGGAGCUGUUAGCUGCUUCCCCUUACUGUCUGUCCAUUGAGAAGGUUUUCGUCAUAGGGGGUGGCCAAGUACUAAGGGAAGCUCUUAACUCGUCUAGCUGUGACGCUAUCCACAUUACGGAUAUUGAGACAAACAUUGAGUGUGACACAUUUAUCCCUGCUAUUGAUUCUUCUGCAUUUCAGCCUUGGUACUCAUCAUUUCCUGCGGUGGAGAAUAACAUUCGUUAUUCCUUUACCACUUAUGUCCGUGUGAGAAGUCCUGCAGUUGAAUCCUUAAAUGAAAAUGGUGACCUGACCAUUGAUGGUAAGCCAGAUAUUAAUAAGUUUGAGGUUAAGAAGUUCUCUUUCCUUCCCAAGAUGAUUUUUGAUAGACAUGAGGAGUAUCUCUAUCUAAGAAUGGUACAAGAUAUCAUCUCUGAUGGAAAUUCUAAAGAUGAUAGAACAGGUACUGGAACUUUUUCGAAAUUCGGUUGCCAGAUGCGGUUCAACCUCCGGAAAACUUUCCCUCUUCUAACAACUAAGGCAUUAUUCUGGCGAGGGGUUGUGGAAGAACUUCUGUGGUUUAUAAGUGGCUCUACAAGUGCCAAGGUCCUUCAGGAGAAAGGCAUUCAUAUAUGGGAUGGCAAUGCAUCUAGAGACUAUUUAGAUGGCAUUGGUUUGACAGACAGGGAAGAGGGUGACUUAGGGCCAGUUUAUGGGUUUCAGUGGAGGCAUUUUGGUGCUAGGUAUACUGAUAUGCAUGCUGACUACUCUGGCCAAGGAUUUGAUCAGUUGCUUGAUGUUAUUGACAAAAUAAAAAAUAAUCCUGAUGACCGACGAAUAAUUCUCUCAGCUUGGAAUCCUUCUGAUCUCAAAUUGAUGGCCCUUCCACCAUGCCACAUGUUUGCUCAGUUCUAUGUAGCCAAUGGGGAGUUAUCAUGUCAAAUGUAUCAGCGAUCUGCUGACAUGGGCCUGGGAGUGCCAUUUAACAUUGCAUCUUAUGCACUUCUAACAUGCAUGCUUGCUCAUGUUUGUGGUCUGAUUCCAGGUGAUUUUGUCCAUGUUCUUGGAGAUGCUCAUGUUUACCGAAAUCAUGUCAGGCCUCUACAGGAUCAGCUUCAGAAACUGCCUAAGCCUUUUCCCAUUUUAAAGAUCAAUCCUGAGAAAAAGAAUAUAGAUUCAUUUGUGGCUGAUGAUUUCACACUCAUUGGUUACGAUCCGCACCAGAAGAUAGAAAUGAAAAUGGCUGUAUAGUGCACUCAAUUGUUUAGAAACACAGAGGCUCUAGUUUAUUUGCAGACAACCCUUGCUCUUAGUUUUAAGGAAAAAGCAAGUGGAAGUUUAUCUUACUAUAGAGUUCACACACAUUAAUAAUGAACAGCCAGUUGAUAUGGUACUACAAGCUUGUUUUUAUUUUUCGCAAAAUGUAGUGAGAAUCCUUUAGUUCCGCACACUGGGAUUGGUGGUUCCAAGGUGAUUUAGUGUAAUGUGCUUCUAUCAGAGUGUUUUUGGUUUUCAAAUGGAGUCCUCAUUUACUUUAUUACUUACUAUGUUACCAAAUUCUUUAGUGUACUGCUAUGCUUAUUUCAUGUUCCAGAACACGAAAUCUCAGGAUUUUACCUAUGGUGGUGGGAUAUUCAAUCAUGUUUUGGGUUGUUUUAGCUUCCUGAAAAUGGAAGCUAAACAAGCUCUACCCAAGUUUUCAGCUAUUGGAUUGAUAGUCCCAAAUUACAAUGGAUUGUGAUGCAAAAAAGCCUUAAAAAUGAUUCUCAAUGGCAAUCUAGUCAAGCUCUUGGCCUUA